AAUAAAAGUUCUUAACGUAGGCCGACCAUCGCUUCUAAAACCUCUUUCUUUUUAGCUUCCUCCCAUGUCACCGGGAAACUCAACACCCGCCGCCGAGUCAGUGAGUUCACACCCCAAGAUACCCAUCUCCUGGCCUCCGGACGGAUCCCUUACUCGCGAGUGGAUUGACGAUCUCACCGCCGCCUUGGAGUGGUCCUCGAGGAACCUUCACCCUUCCGAGCUGCCUAAUGUUCUUCCCUUUGAUGCUCUACAUCGCCUGGUGCUUACCGCAUCGAACAUCCUUCAUCAGGAGCCCAACUGCAUUCAGAUCAAUCCUUUCGCCGGACAUGAAGUCGGCAGCGAGGUUAGGGUAGUGGUUGUGGGCGAUGUCCAUGGACAACUUCAUGAUGUUUUGUUUCUUCUGCGCGAUGCGGGAUUUCCCUCUGAGAAUUGUACCUUCGUAUUUAAUGGAGAUUAUGUUGAUAGAGGAGCAUGGGGCCUGGAGACUUUUCUGCUGCUGCUUGCUUGGAAGGUCUUCUUACCAAAUCGAGUGUUUCUUCUUCGUGGAAAUCAUGAGUCCAAGUAUUGCACUUCAGUGUAUGGAUUUGAGAAAGAGGUGAUGACCAAGUUUGGAAACCAAGGGCAGCAGGUGUAUAGGAAAUGCUUAAGAUGCUUUGAAGGUCUUCCCUUAGCUACCAUCAUAGCCAAUUGUGUAUAUACUGCUCAUGGAGGACUAUUCCGCACUGUGCCUGUUAUUCCAUCCAAGAGGUUAAAAGGAAAAAAAGGCCGAAAGAUGAAAAGCUCUACAGGAAGUAGUUCAUUAAAGCUUGGAUCAUUAGAGGAGCUCUCUAGAGCACGACGAACUGUUCUUGAUCCACCAUGGGAAGGUUCAAAUCUUAUACCUGGUGAUGUACUAUGGUCAGAUCCUUCAUCUAGCAUGGGUUUGUCUCCAAAUGAAGAGCGUGGCAUUGGUUUAUUAUGGGGGCCGGAUUGUUCAGAGAAUUUCCUUUCAAAAUACCAAUUGAAGCUGAUCAUUCGGUCACAUGAAGGUCCUGAUGCAAGAGAUAAAAGGCAUGAUAUGAAGGGAAUUCAGGAUGGAUACACAAUUGAUCAUGAGGUUGAUUCAGGAAAGCUGAUUACCCUUUUCAGUGCCCCAGAUUACCCUCAGUUUCAGGCUACUGAUGCGCGAUACAACAAUCGUGGUGCAUAUAUUGUAUUGCAACCGCCAGAUUUUGCGACUCCCGAGUUCCAUACCUUUGAAGCUGCCAGACCAAGGCCUGAGGUGAAUGCUUAUUAUGAUUUUAAAGAAGUAAUCGACUCUGAUGAAGAGCUGGAUUUAGAAUCCAUGGAGCACAGCUCAGUAGCCAGCAUUUGAAGGAAGUUUUGCGUAUGGCUGAAUUUUUUAUUUUAAACCAUAUUUUGUCUAAUUGUUUUAUUUAAUAUAAAUUUGUGAAGGUGAAAAAGAUUAAGACUUCGUUUGGGGCGGCUUUCUUAUUGCUUUUUAAAUCAGCUUUUUAUUAUAAAAGCUGUUUUAAGAAAUAAUAAGAAAGUCGUCCAAAAUGAAGCCUAAGUUAGGGAUGUAAGUCAUUAUUUUGUAUGAUCAGCAGUUACCUCAUGCUAUUUUUGUUUUCUCAUAAUCUGAUCGGGAGCCAUGUAAAAUUUAGAUAUUGUACCUUUUGUUCUUUGUAAACAAUUCAUUUUAUGAUUUGAAGAAAGUUUUGCUAUUUUUGAUCAA